AUGGUCAAGAAACAGACAAGUCCCGCCUACGUCCUGGGCGUGGGCAUGACCAAGUUCAUUAAGCCGCGUGGCAAGGUCGACUACAAUGAGCUGGGCUACGAGGCUGGUAUCAAGGCCAUGCUGGAUGCCAAAAUCACUUACGAUGAUGUUGACCAAGGUGUUGCCUGCUAUGUCUAUGGUGAUAGUACCUGUGGACAGCGCGUCUUCUAUCAGUUCGGUCUGACCAACAUCCCUAUCUACAAUGUCAACAACAAUUGCUCCACCGGUAGCACUGGUCUGGCCAUGGCUCGCACGAUGGUUUCGCACGGUGCCGCAGACUGUGUUCUCGUUGUUGGUUUCGAGAAGAUGAACCCUGGUAGCUUGCAAUCGAUGUUCAAUGACCGCGCCAACCCAACCGGUUUGUUCGGUAUGAUGAUGGCCGAGACCCGUGGUAUCACCAAUGCCCCCGGUGCUGCGCAGAUGUUCGGUAACGCUGGCCGUGAAUACAAGGAGAAGUUGGUUGAUCCACUUUAUUAUUAUUUUACUAUCAGCUCUACGAGUUAUACUAACAUGGAUAUCCCUAGGUACGGCGCUACGAACGAGGACUUCGCCGAAAUUGCCCGCAUCAACCACGAACACUCCAAGCGCAACCCCUACUCGCAGUUCCAGGACGAAUACACCCUCGAGCAAAUCAUGAAAGCCCCCAUGAUCCACGAGCCCCUGACCAAGCUCCAGUGCUGCCCCACCUCUGACGGUGGUGCCGCCGCCGUCAUCGUCUCGCAGGAGUUCCUCGAUGCCCGCCCGCACCUGAAGGCGCAAGCCAUCCAGAUCGCCGGUCAAUGCCUCGCUUCCGACACCGACCAGGUGUACAACAAGAGCGCCAUCGACCUGAUGGGCUUCGGCAUGAGCCGCUACGCUACCCGCACUGCCGCCGCCGAGGCUGGCGUCAAUGUCAAGGACAUCAAGGUGUGCGAGCUGCACGACUGCUUCUCGGCGAACGAGAUGAUUACCAUCGAUGCGUUGGAGCUGUGCGAGCCUGGUAAGGCGCACGAGAUGGUUCGCCGUGGUGAUAUCACCUAUGGCGGAAAGAUGGUUAUCAACCCCUCCGGCGGUCUGAUUUCCAAGGGUCACCCUCUCGGUGCGACUGGUAUCGCCCAGUGUGCCGAGUUGGUCUGGCACUUGCGUGGUUGGGCUAACAACCGUUUGAUUGCCGGUACUGAUGCGGCUCUCCAGCACAACCUGGGUCUUGGCGGUGCCGUCGUGGUCACUGUGUACAAGCGUGCUGAUGGCAAGGUUGCUGCGGCCGUUCCCUCGGACGUUGUUGGCAAGCUCAACGGUCUUGGAUAUAACCCUGCCGUCGAGGCUCGUGGGUUCACUGCCGAGCAGGCCAAGUCGGUUGUUAGCAAGAAGCACAGCAGUGAGUGGGCUGUUGCUGAUGCUCAGGACCGGGUUCUUGCCCGUUUCUAA